AUGCAACCCCGCAACCAUGUAGAAGAUUCGAGUAAGAACGAGUACGAUUCAUCGGAUGGCCUAAACAGCGACGAUGGCGAAACGAAUGACCAUGAAGUCGUCGACGACGCACAUUUCGGCCACCACCCCAUGUACACCAGCAACCAAGACGACCGUGAGGCCCACGACGACCCCGACCAUGAUGCCUACUGGACAAAGAACGAUGUGGAGGACCCCGGCCGCCCCACAAACACCCCGGACAACCCACCGCGGCCCAUCGGCAUACCAGCAGCUCUCCCAUCUCUGGCUGCGGGCAAUCCCAAGGCCAAACCGACUAUCCCCCGCCAGUUCCCGGCUCCCGAAAAACGGCUCAUCCCGCGCAGUGACACAGCUCGAACGGGAAAAGUUCGAAUACAUGAAGGAGAGUGA